AUGGAGGAGCAAGGCGUCCCUAUGCCAUACAUAUUAUUGUUGCAGAAGUUGUAUUCUGAUCAAGUUGGCGUCAUCACUCUAGACAAGACCAGCCGAGAGUUCCCAAUCAUACGAGGGACGAAACGCGGAUAUCUUCUGAACCCGACACUUCUUAACGCUGUUUUUGAAUGCCAGUUUAGGCCGUUGAAAUCUCGAUGGCAGUCGAAUUCUUGCGGAUUUAUGCUGGAGAACAGGCGAUUCACUAACCUCCAUUUCGCAGACGACGUCCUGUUGGUGAGCAACACGCUGGCGGUCUUGAAGCUCGUGCUUGGCGACGUGGCGGCGGCAUGCAGCGCGCAUGGCUCAUCUCUUCGCCCGGGCAAUACGAGCAUCUUGACCAAUCUGCGGGCGAGGAGGGGCGAAUCUGUUCAAAUGUAUAUAUAUUUAGAUAUAGCUAUCUAUUUAUAUUUGUGGUAUUUUUAUAGAUAUACCUGCGAGGGAUGGACUCUGAGCUUCUGA